CGUCUUCCGGGACGUUCGGACGUCGCUCGGUGUGUGUCCGGUACCUGGACGGAUUGAGAGAGCGUCAUGGACGCGGACCGAGCUGUCCAGAUGUUUUUCAUCCAGAUGUGGGUACUAAGCCCCGCCCACCGCUCUUUCAGAGGCGCCGCUUGUGACGUCAUCGCCUGCCGAUAAAACACGAACGAGAAAAACUAUUGGGUCAGCAAAUCAGUCACUUCAUUAAGAACACCCUCCAAAUGACAACUUUGCUGCGCUGGUCACAUGACCGCACAUGACAUUCGGGUAAGAGGCAGCUGGACUUCACCGACAAUGAACAGGAGACUGCUACUAGUGUCCAACUCCACCCUGCACGGCAGCGGCUACCUGGACCACUGUCAGGAGCACAUAGCGCACUUCCUAGGCAGAAAUGUGAAGAGGGUCUUGUUUGUCCCCUAUGCGCUUCACGACCGAGACGCCUACGCAGAGACCGCCAGAAAAAAGUUGAAAACUCUCGGUUACGAGCUUGACAGCAUCCACGACGCCCCCGACCCUAUUGAUGCCGUUAACAAGGCGGAAGCCAUUUUUAUUGGAGGAGGCAACACUUUCCGACUGCUGAAGUGUCUCUAUGACAACCAUCUUCUGAAAGAGAUCCGAAGGAGGGUUCUGGAGGAUGGCAUCCCGUAUAUGGGCUCCAGCGCUGGCACCAACGUGGCCACAGUCAGCAUCAGCACCACCAACGACAUGCCAAUUGUCUUCCCGCCUUCUUUCAUGGCCAUCGGCCUCGUCCCCUUCAACAUCAACCCGCACUUCCUAGAUGCAGACCCUAACAGUCGUCACAUGGGGGAGACCAGAGAACAGCGGAUUAGUCAGUACCAUGAAGAGCCGGACACGCCAUCAGUUCUGGGUCUUCGUGAAGGUUCCAUGCUGCUGGUGGAGGGACGGCAAGUCACUCUGUUGGGAAGCACCAGGGCACGACUCUUUGCAAGGGGACAGCCUGCUGUGGAGUACGAACCAGGAAGUGACCUCAGCUUCCUGCUGAUGGAACCUUGACCAAUCAAGAGGGAGGCUGCACAUGAUCUCAGGUUUUUUUCUAAUUAAACAGAUCAAGGUGUGAA